AUGUUGUCGCGAGGUGACUUUCAAUCCUUUGCUCGGAUUCUGCAGUUCACAUCUAUUGUUUCUUGCACCCUUGUCAUCAUUGGCUCGAGAUGGCUGAGGCACAGGAAGAUUCAAAGGGAUUAUCAAUUUAUUGUCAUGUUCAACGCAUGUGUUGACUUGGCUUUUGCUUGCUGUUUAUGCGUCUUUUCAUUUGUAAGUUUUGCGCAUGACGUUUUGGGAGAAAUUUCCGGUGGAUUUAUGGACAAGCUCCCAAAUUCGACACUCGGUUUUGAUGAAACAUGCUCAGAUUUUCGUUAAAUUUUUCACACAAUUCUGGAGUAGGUUACAAUAUAUGAAAGUUCUAACUCCUGAAUACCAGGAGCAGCCCCACUCGCCAAAAUUCGAUCUAAAAAUCUGGUCGCUUCUGCGAAAAGCAAGUUCUGGGUCCCGCUCAGUCUUAUAAAUAAUUAAUCUAAACUUGUGCCAAAUUUCAUUAAAAUCCGAAUAUUGCACUUGGAGCACUUUUUUGAAUAAUAUAUUGUAUCAGUAUAUCGGAAAAAUUAUGUGGUUUUAUAAAAUGUCAAGCCUCAGUAGACCACCAAAUCACCUGUCUCGGCAAGCCGUAGCAAAGCGAUGAUGAGCGAUUCCAAGCUGCGAAAUCCACAUUAUUUUCCCGACAGACUGAUAACACGCAUUGAAUUUUUUGGCUUGGGUGUAGUAAACAAGUUUGAUUCUGUUUCUAGCAAGGCCUAAGAUUAUGUAUUUUUAUAAAGUCUGCUAUUUAUAAUAUUUUAGACCCCAAUGCUAGUUGAUCACAUGUUUCUGAUCACUGUGGAACGGUCUUACUUUCAAUGGAUGUCUUCUCAAUCGACCGCAUUCAUCGUUCAAAUCAUGACAGCACAGGUCGAGACCACAAUUCUUUGUAUUGCGGUUCAUUUCUGGUACCGAUACGACGUGGUUUGCAACUCGAAACAUUGGUCGCAUAAGAAAUAUUUACUACGCUAUCUUUCUUUAUUCUCAAUUAUUUUUAUUUAUUUCGUGGCUUCUCAAUUCGCUGUUGAGGACAUGAAAGAUUACAAGGAGGUGCUGCAAAGACUGGACGAUUAUAAAAAUGACACUCCGGUUUUCUGUGUCUAUGACUUGGUAAGUCCGUGACUUUUGCGCUCAAGAUACGUAUCUAGUGGGCAAUAAACUUUGUAAACCUUCACUCAUAAAUAAUUCAGGAUGAAAAUUAAACUUUGGCAAUUCCAGAAAGUAGUCAAUGCUCUUGGGGAAAUUAUGAAUUCUUGGCGUAGCUGUGGGUUCAAAAAUUUUCGAGGAAGAUGAACAAUUCCCGGGUAAUCCUUGUUGAUGAUCUUAUAAAUUUGUCGGGAAAAUAAUGAGCACGCUGUCGCAUUGAAAAUCGCGCCGCCGCGACUAUAAAUUGUGUCGCGGAGAAAUCAAAAUUCUUUUCAGUUCAGCGACGAGAUCGGGUCAGCGACAUUGUGCUCAUUAUUUUACCGACAGACUGAUAGUGACAGUUAAAUCCCGGUACAAAAAUUUGCCUGAGGCGUUAAAAACAAAGUACCCAAAUUUACAACAAAACUCUUCAACUUUUCAAAAAAAGCACAUUUUGAGUUUUACCUGAACCCGUUUUUUAGAACCACCUCCCAUCAGUCCUCAGCAUCACAUUUUACCAAUUCAUUCACAGCGCUUUCUAUUGUAUCGCCAUUUAUUUUGGUAUCAAAGUAAUCCGCCAGAUUCGCCUUGUUGAUCCAACAGUCCAGCGGUCCCUUCACGCUCAGCGUUACAUGAUUAGAGUCCUGGUCUUGCAGGUAAGUCACAAAAUAACAAAUACGUUACAAUUCCGAGCUGUAGCGUUUACAUAUAUUGACGGACCUGAUUUAGUGGCAAAAAACGUACCAUUUUGCAUCCGGGAAGUAUCAGAAAAUGUGGCAGAAUACCUCGCUCUCCUAGUGAAAAACUCUGUUUUGAAGGGCGCGCCCUUCCCCUCAAACAAACGGAGUUUUUUCACUUGGAGAGGGAGGUAUUUUGCAACAUUUUUUGAUACCUCCAAGAUGCAAAAUGGUAUGUUUUUUGCCACUGGAUCAGUUCGCCACUGUAUCAAGAUAACUGACAUAACUAACUAUAAAAAUAAUCUUCAGGCCUUAUACCCAAUGUUUUUGCUCUCCUUGCCGGCUAGUUUAAUGAUAAUUAUUGCCUACUUUGGUUACACAACAAUUUCGUGGUUUUACGUGCUCAGCAUCCUUCUGCAAAGUCUUCCACUUCUCAACUCGCUCUCUGUGAUCUUCUUGGUACCCGCAUUCCGUCGGCUUUUUACCGGGCAGCCAAUCAACCCCACCCGGACCGUGUCCAAUAAACCAUAUGGGGAUUCGACAACAAGAUCAAAGUCCAGAGUCAGAUCACCGCCGUAUUCUUGA